AUGGCGGGAGGGGGCAAUGCAGACUCUCGGUCCUUAGAACAAACGCCCACCUGGGCUGUGGCCAUUGUUUGCUUCGACUUUGUAAUCAUUUCUAUGCUAAUCGAGCAAGCUAUUCAAUUCCUUUCCAAGUGGCUCAAGAAACGCCGAAAGAAAGCUCUGAGCAAAGCACUGGAAAAGAUCAAAGCAGAAUUGAUGGUUCUGGGAUUUAUCUCGCUGAUGCUCACUGUUGGGCAGAAGCCAGUUUCAGAGAUUUGUGUAUCUAAGAGCUUAGGAGAGACUUUGCUCCCCUGUUCAAAGGAGGAAGCCUUAGCAGACCAUGUUUCUAAUCAGAUUGAAAAGAUUUCAUUAAUUGGACAGCAUCAUCGUAAGCUCCUCCUGUUAUCAGCUUCUGAAACACCAUUAAGGCGUAGCUUGGCCACAGAGGAGACUGUGACUGGUCUCUGUGCUAAAAAAGGGAAGGUCCCUCUGAUAUCACAAGAUGGACUCCACCAACUGCACCUCUUCAUUUUCGUAUUGGCCAUUUCUCAUGUCUUGUCUUGCAUUGUAAUCAUGACACUCGGACGGCCAAAUACUGGAGGCUUCGCUGCACCAGCUAAAACUAAUUCUAAAUCUAAUGUAGAGCUGUAUUGUCAUGGAGUUAUGUUCUUUUGGAGCUGGGAGCUGUUACCUGCACCAGCUAAAACUAAUUCUAAAUCUAAUGUAGAGCUGUAUUAUGGAGUUAUGUUCUUUUGGAGCUGGGAGCUGUUACAUCCUUCAAAGAUCGAAAUUACCCAUGAAACCAUUUUUAAGAGGAUCAUGAGCUUUUGUUCUACAACACCAAUUCUCAAUUGGAUUGUGUGUUUUUUUAGACAAUUUGCCUCAACCAAAGCGGAUUACUUAACAUUGUGCCAUAGCUUUGAACUUGCACCCUUUAAUCGACACAAUAAAAUUGAUUUUCAAACACAUAUAAAGAGAUCUUUAGACAAUGACUUUAGUGUUCUAGUAUCCAUCAGUCCACAUCUAUGGUCUUCUGCCAUCUUAUUUUUACUUCUCAAUAGACAUGGGUGGUUCAUCUUCUCUUUGGUGCCAUUUUUUCCAUUGAUUAUUCUUCUGAUAAUGGGAACAAAGAUGAAAGUCAUAAUAACAAAAAUGGCGUUAGAUAGCCAAGAUAGAAAUCCUAUUGAGCAAGAAGCUCCAGUGGUGAAGCCCAAUAAUCAACUGUUCUGGUUUGGUAAACCUCGGUUGAUUCUCCAUCUCAUUCAUUUUACCCUAUUUCAGAACGCUUUCCAAAUGGCUUUCUUUUUUUGGACAUGGUACGAGUAUGGUCUGAAAUCCUGCUUCCAUAAACGGGAUCAAGAUAUUGUAGUCAGAAUAAGCUUGGGGAUUGGAGUUCAGAUGUUGUGUAGCUAUGUAACUCUCCCUCUCUACGCACUUAUCACACAGCUUGGGGCAAACAUGGAGGGAGAAAAAGGGCAGGAAGAUCAAUCAAGCAGACAACCUAAUCCAACUGAAGGAUCUUCUCCCCAACAUCACCACAAUCCCAAUGACAGUUCAAAGGAAAAGAUAGAAGGCAUUAUCCCUACUUCACAUGAAGACACACAAGAUGUUGAAACAAAGGAGUCUGUAAAGGAAAUAAUAGAAGGGAUUAUCCCUAAUUCACAUGGAAACAAACAACAUAUUGAAACAAAAGAGUCUAUAAAGUAAAAUAUAGAAGGCAUCAUCCCUACUUCACAUGGAGACUCAUCCAAGCAAGGAGGACACAAUCUGUGAUGCAGGAGCAUCUUGCAGGAGACAUAGUGACGAGCAAUUAAUGGAUGACGACUUCCUUAAUAUAGUGUGAAUAGUUUCAUAAUAAUUGGCAGCUACUAAUGUGACAGUUUUUUUUGUAGUGCGUAUAUUUGUGUAAGAGUUGUUUGUAGUAAAAACUGUGAAGCUCGUAAUGACAUGUCAGGCAUCUCAGUCUAUUGUUCCUGAGUUAUUAUUGUUAUGUUGAGCAGAAAUUUCAUACGAUAGAGGACCUAUGACUCUUUAAGAUUGUAUAGCCGUGUGUUGAGAAAUUUCUGAUGUAUAUAUAUACUUCAACCUGAUUAUGCUAUAGGUUAUUUAAGUUCCACGUUUUGUGUUAAUUGCCUCAUCUAUUCAAAGAUGUAGAUAAGUUAUGUUAAUGGAAAACGUAGGAGAAUUGUGCUUGAUGUUUAUUUUGCCGUUUAAAAUUGAAUGGUCUGUGAGAAGAGGUUACCUGCUGAAAGUACACCAUCCAGGACUGCAUCAAUCUGUGACCACA